AUGUCUUUCCCCGACGGCGAAUUUAUCCUCCGCAACCGCGCCAGCGGCCGCGUGAUGGACGCCGCCUACAUGUCCACCGAUCCCGGCAGUGCCGUCAUUGUCUACGACUACAAGGGCGACGAUGACAACUCCAACCAGCUCUGGCGCUUCGAGAAUGGCCACCUCAUCAACAAGUGCUCGGGCUAUGCCCUCACCUUCAACGACCUCACCCCCGAGUCCACCCCCACACAGGAGGACGCCAACGGUGGCGAGGGACAGCGAUUCGAGUACCAUGAUGGCUACAUUUGCCUUGCCGACAAUCACGACCUAGUCAUUGGUGCGUGGGACUCGGAUGUCAAGAUUGUCUACCGCGAUGACGGCGAUGAUGCCCGCCGCUGGGAUUUCUAA